AUGGAGAAUCAGCAAUGCGUAAUUAGUGUGUGUGCUAAAGCUCCUAGACAACGUAUGAGAAAGGUUACAGACUGGAUCUUGGGAAGUGUUCAAGACAAUCAAACCUUACUAGCAUAUUUGAAAGUUGAUGAUAUA